CUCCUCCUCCCAUCCCUCGGCUGCAGGAGAGGAACUCUCGGGAUUUGUCAUUCCCAAGCCUUCGGUGGAUGGAGAAGGAAAAGCCUCAGAGAUCCCACACAAGCAGUGGCUGCAAACCUAGCCCAGGGAACUGCAGGGAGGAAAGAGCCCCCCUGAGCCAGGAAGGCAGCUGGAAAUCCAGCCAGAGCUCAGAGCAGGUGGAGAAGCCUCAUGGCGGGGAGAAGCCCCACAAGUGCUUGGAAUGUGGGAAGGGUUUCAAGUACAGCUCCCAUCUAAGGGAGCACCAGAAGAUCCACACUGGGGAAAAGCCCUACAAGUGUGGGGAGUGUGGGAAGGGCUUCAGCAAGAGCUGCAACCUCAUCAGCCACAGCAAGAUCCACACUGGGGAACGGCCCCACAUCUGCCUGGAAUGUGGGAAGAGCUUUAGGCGGAGCUCCAGCCUGAGGGAACACCAGAUGUUGCACGCUGGGGAGAGGCCCUUUGAGUGUUCUGAGUGUGGGAAGAGGUUUCUGAGGCCAUCCCGUCUCUUCCUGCAUCAGCGCAUUCACACCGAGGAGAGGCCCUUCCACUGCCCCGACUGCGGGAAGGGCUUCAAGCAAAACUCCACCCUCCUGAACUGGCGCCUCCACACAGGGGAGAGGCCCUACAAGUGUGGGGAGUGCGGGAAGAGCUUUGUGCGCUGUUCCAGCUCCAUCCCCCAUGGAGCAUCCACAUUGGAUGAUCCCCAAUGAGCCCUGCUGGAAGAGCCCUGGUGAUUCGUGGUCCUCAUGAUCCCUCUUGGGUAUGGGAAAGGUGCCGGAGCGAUUUCUUUCCCUCCUCCUUGUCCUGGUGUGAUUUGGUUGAUAAUAAAUUCACUCCCUGUGCCCAGA